CACCCCACACAGUAGGUGGCGGCAUGCACCUCUAACGUAUGCUCUGCAGACCGCCAUACUAUCAAAGAAGAAGAAGAACUGCAAAGGUCCUCCCCUCAUACACGUGAUACAGGAAGUAAAAGUCAGUGAAGCCAUUUCAAAUGUAGCUAAUGUUCAGGCCUCUGCUGUUUAUUUGCUGUUCUGUUCAACAAGGACAACAUACAGGACAGGACCUAUUUCUCAUUACUAGAUUAAUGUCAACAUUUCAGAGCAGAUACUGAAGGAGAUAAGGAAAGCCCCCUCAACUUUAGUGCUCAUUUAAUAAGGGUAAAAGUACAUUGCUUCUUAGGCUAUUACAGGCCAUUAUAGAGAAACAAGUUUGACAGAUUCAGAAAAAUGGCUUGCGAAUCGUCUCUCCCAGAGGAGGAUCUCUCCUGUCCUGUGUGCUGUGACAUCUUCAAGGAUCCCGUUCUCUUGUCUUGUAGCCACAGCUUCUGUAAAGCCUGUCUGCAGGAAUUCUGGAAAGAGAAAGAAUGGCAGGAGUGUCCAGUUUGCAGGAGAAGAUCGUCAAGGUCUGAGCCUCCCAAUAACCGGGCUCUUAAGAACCUGUGUGAGGCCUUCUUACAGGAGAGGCGUCAGAGAGCUUCAGCAGGGCCUCAGGUGCUCUGCAGUCUGCAUGGAGAGAAACUCAAGCUCUUCUGUCUGGAGGAUAAACAGCCUAUCUGUGUGGUGUGUCGCGAUUCAAGGAAACAUAAAAAGCAUGACUGCAUCCCCAUAGAUGAAGCUGUACAGGAACACAAGGAGGAACUCAAGCCUACCCUGAAGUCCUUACAGGAGAAACUGGAAGUCUUUAAGAAAGUCAAACUCACUUGUGAUGAAACAGCACAGCAUAUCAAGAGCCAGGCUGAGGACACAGAGAUAAAGAUUAAGCAGGGGUUUGAGCAGGUUCACCAGUUUCUACGAGAGGAGGAGGAGGCCAAGAUAGCUGCCCUGAGGGAGGAAGAGGAGCAGAAGAGUCAGACGAUGAAGGCGAAGAUUGAAGAGAUGAGCGGACAGAUAUCAUCACUUUCAGACACAAUCAAAGCCAUAGAGAAAGAGCUGGAAGCUGAAGACAUCUCAUUCCUGCAGAACUACAAUGCCACAGUGAAAAGAACCCAGUGCCCACUGCCUGAUCCAGAGAGGGUUUCAGGAGCGCUGAUCGAUGAAGCAAAACACCUGGGCAACCUCAAGUUCAGAAUCUGGGAGAAGAUGCAGGAGAUUGUUCAAUACACUCCUGUGGUUCUGGAUCCUAACACUGUGCACCCGAAGCUACUUUGUUUCAUGACCUGGGUGGGGUACGAUGAUUGCGUUAUAUGGGGUGGUGAGUUCCAGCAGCGUCCUGACAACCCAGAGAGGUUAGGCCAAGGAUGGGUCAUGGCCUCUGAGGGCUAUACCUCAGGCACUCACAGCUGGGACAUGGAGAUUGAUGACGAGUUUUGGUUUGCAGGUGUGGCCACCGAGUCUAUCAAUAGGUCUCAUCCUAGUGAUGAAGUCUGGGGUGUUAGCCAUGUUGAUAGUUUUCAUACAGAUUAUAAGGAAGAUUUCAAUUAUGUAUAUGAAGUAAAUUGCCCACAUACUGAACCCAUUUACCUCCCCGUGAGACAGGAAUCCAGGGUCAAGGACAGGAUCAGAGUUAAGCUGGACAGGGACAGAGGAGAGCUAUCAUUCUACGACCUUGAUAAUAACACCCAUAUACACACUAUUACACACACUUUCACUGGGAGAAUAUUUCCAAUUUUUUCAGUGCAUGAUGGUCUGAGGAUUUUACCAGUUGAAGGCCUCUGUAACAGUGGAACAGCACAGUUAGGGCUGCCGGAAAACGUGUGGUGAGCUAGCGUUUACCCCAGUCAGUUUCAUCGUGUGGUGAGCUGGCGUUUACCCCAGUCAGUUUCAUCGUGUGGUGAGCUGGCGUUUACCCCAGUCAGUUUCAUCGUGUGGUGAGCUGGCGUUCACCCCAGUCAGUUUCAUCGGGUGUCGCAGCACUCCACUACUGUUCAUUUCGUUAAAAAUAAAAUAUUGACAAAAAGUGUGGAAACUACAGUUUUCUUUUGUUAUUAGUCAACUUGUACACCGUUGAUCUGUGCUUCAGUUGUGUGCAUCUAAACCAAUCACAUCCAGGCUCUCCACUUUCCUCUGGAAUUUGAAAACAGAUCACUCCCAACAUAAAUAAGCAACUCAUUACAUUUGAGUCAUUUAGCAGACGGUCUUAUCCGGAGCGACUUACAUGAGCAAGGCAUUUAACCUUAAUAAGUAACUUAACACUCUUAACCACUAGGCUACCUGCUGCCCCAUUUUCAUUUUAGACAUGCUAUGCAUCUAAACAUUAGCGAUCUGACAUGAUGUAUGGCAUGAAAACUAGAUGCUUUUUCAGUCAAACCAACUGAUGUCAGGAAAAUGUGAAUGUGUUCAAAUGUGAUUUAUUAAAGAUUCAGCAUGACUACUUAAGACUUUUAAUUCCUUUUCAAUCAAAAUGAUUUACUGCCGUGUAGCUCAGUUGGUAGAGCAUGGCGCUUGCAACGCCAGGGUUGUGGGUUCGUUUACC